AAGAAACGUCCCCUUCUUCUUCCUCUCUUCAUUUUGGUUUCUUCUCUGCUUGCUUCUCUUCUCCUACCUUCCGUUUCGAACUUUCUUAGUGUUUCUGUUCGAUUAAGGAUUUGACAAUGAAGCUUGAUACAAGUGGGUUUGAGUCAACUCUGCCUAUGUUUGGCGGAAACACCGAGACCGAGAUGCUGGAUGGGUUGUCUUCUGUGCCCUCCUUUGAUCUUCCCUUCACAAAAGAUUUUGAUGGGUUUCAAAAGGAAGCUGUACAGAUGGUGAAGCCUGCAAAGGGUACAACCACGCUCGCAUUUAUCUUUAAGGAGGGUGUCAUGGUUGCAGCUGAUUCUCGGGCAAGCAUGGGAGGAUACAUCUCAUCGCAGUCUGUGAAAAAGAUUAUCGAAAUCAAUCCUUAUAUGCUUGGAACAAUGGCUGGAGGAGCUGCCGACUGCCAGUUCUGGCACAGAAAUCUUGGUAUUAAGUGCCGUCUACAUGAACUGGCAAACAAGAGGAGAAUCUCUGUUCCAGGAGCUUCAAAGCUACUGGCAAACAUGCUCUAUUCAUACCGUGGAAUGGGACUCUCCGUUGGGACAAUGAUCGCUGGAUGGGAUGAAACUGGUCCCGGGCUAUACUAUGUUGACAACGAAGGAGGACGGAUCAAAGGAGACAGAUUCUCAGUCGGGUCCGGUUCACCAUAUGCCUACGGUGUCCUCGACAGCGGGUACAAAUACGAUAUGACAGUUGAGGAAGCUGCAGAGCUAGCGAGGAGAUCCAUCUACCAUGCCACUUUCCGUGAUGGAGCCAGUGGUGGAGUCGCUAGCGUGUACUACGUUGGACCUAAUGGAUGGAAGAAACUGUCGGGAGAUGACGUAGGCGAGCUCCAUUACAAGUACUAUCCCGUGGCUCCCAGCACUGCGGAACAAGUGAUGGCUGAAGCAUGAGGAGAUUGUGUCGGUAAAACCUUUUCGAUCUUUUUUUUUUGUUGAACCAACCCGGUUUUCGUUUAGAUUUACUGCCAUUGUCGAUCUUGAGAUCCUAACUGGUGAUCCUUAGUUUAUGACAAACUUCAUGUUUCUUGUGUGUGAUCUUAUAAACAUGCCCUGUUUCUCUUA